AUGGAGGUCAAGAUAGACCAGCAUUUUAACGCCAAAGUCUAUACAUCCGGAUCUACCAUCGCCGGCCAUGUUGCCGUCCGCGCCUCAAAAGACACUGCCUUCGACAAUUUGGACAUUGUCUUUGUUGGCAUUUCUGCCACACGGCUCGAUUUUGUUCAGCAGUAUCCUUCACACUCCUUUAGACCAUUUUUGAAGAUCCGCAUGCCGAUUCAGGAGUCGGACUUGCCUGGUGACCGGAUAUUCCGAGCCGGAAGCGAGUACAAGAUUCCCUUCCACUUUGUUGUUCCUCAUCAGCUCACCAUCGGGGCCUGUAAUCACACCUGCUUGUCACAAGAUGUUCGGGAACGACACUUGCGACUUCCUCCCAGCUUGGGAGCCUGGGAGGCCGACGACCAGGCUCCGGACAUGACUCAGAUUGAGUACGCCAUAAAUGCAAAGGCUAUUCAGCUGGGAAAUGGGGCUGCCUCAAAAGUUAUGGAAGCGCAUCAUAUCCUCAAAGUUCUCCCUUCGCUCCCCGAAGAUGCACCACUUGAUAUUACUUUUAGAGAUGAGUGGUAUAAGCUGUCCAAAACCAAGACUAUUCGGAAAAGCCUGUUUUCGAGCAAGACGGGUCAAUUCACUGCCAGCGCAAUCCAGCCCAACGCUGUGAUCCUUUCCGCAGACGGGCACAAGUCUUCCAUGACAAGUGUCUGUAUCAAUAUGGAGUACGCCCCGUCUUCGGCUGAGACGGCCCCUCCCAAGAUCAACUCGGUCACAGGCAAGCUCGUUUCCACCACCUUUUUCAGCGCCGUGCCCGUGGAUCAUUUGCCAAACUUGGGCAGUCGGACGAACUGCGAAAGCACUCCUUGCUUGAAUUAUACGACGACACACUCACUAUUCACUCUUCCAGUGGAAUCAGUGUCAUGGAUGCAGCAAGAUGCAUCAUCGCGCUCGCGCCGAGAUUCAGGCUACUCAAGCACUGUGAUGGAGGGCGAUGCCUCCGAAUCAGAUUCUUCCGAGAGAAGAAGGCGGCAAAGUAGCAAAGGAAAGAGCUCCAAAAAGCCCAAACUGUCUACCGUCAUACACACGACGGAUAUUGUGAUUCCUUUUACUGUGUCCAACUCGAACAAGAAACUCUUCCUACCGAGUUUCCACUCUUGUUUAAUUUCUCGUUCAUAUACGCUACAGUUGAGCUUGUGCGUGGGACCGACAAAUACCGCCAUCUCACUUGCAGUUCCUCUACAGAUUGGCGUCGAGACGAUUCACGAGCCACAGGGUCACGAACUUCCCAGUUUCGAAAGUGCCUUGGCACAAGCUGAAGAGGAAGAAGCGGAUGCUUACCUGCAGCCCCGCGUGAUCCACGCUCCCGUGUCUGGGCUGCAUAAUGAUGCCGCGUUGCCAGGAUAUAAUGAACUAAGCCGAAGAACCAUUGGCGUUGCCUAA